GCGCGCUGCCGGCCUGGGAGGAGCUGAAGCCCGCGCGCUGCCUCCUGCUGCCGCCGCGGGUAGGAAGAUGGCGAACGUGCAGCUGCAGUUCCAGGCUAGCGCCGGCGAGGCGGACCCGCAAAGCCGCCCUGUGCUGGUGCUGGGCCAGCUGCAGAACCUGCACCGCCUGCCCUGGGCCCAGCUGCGGAACAAGCUGCAGCCGAGGGUCACCGAGGAGAUAUGGCAGGCUGCAUUAAGCACGCUGAAUCCUAACCCAACGGACAGCUGCCCUCUCUACCUGAACUACGCCACCGUUGCAGCUUUGCCCUCUCGGGUCAGCAGACACAACAGCCCAUCAGCCGCCCAGUUCCUCACUCGUCUAAUUCGGAACUGUCUCCCAGGAGGAGCCCACAGGUGCAUCCUUAUGGCCUGUGAGCGCUCUGAGGUCUUUGCCUCAGCCUGCGCCAUAGCAAGGGCUUUCCCACUCUUCACUCAUCGUUCCAGUGCAGCUCGACGCACAGAGAAGAAAACUGUAACGGUGGAGUUCUUCCUGGUUGGACAGAACAAUGGCCCAGUAGAAGUGGAGACACUUAAAUGUCUGGAAAGCGCCACAGAAGGAGUGAGGCUGGCUGCCCGGAUUGUAGACACCCCCUGCAAUGAAAUGCACACCGACGGCUUCCUAGAGGAAAUCAGAAAAGUUGGAAAGGACCUGGGGAUUGUUCCAACAAUUUUUCAAGAUGCAGAACUGAAGGAGAAAGGAUUUGGAGGUAUCUAUGGUGUGGGCAAAGCAGCCGUGCACCCACCUGCUCUAGCAGUGCUCAGUCAUACCCCAGAAGGUGCCACGCAAACCAUCGCCUGGGUUGGGAAAGGCAUUGUCUAUGACACUGGAGGCCUCAGCAUUAAAGGAAAGACGACAAUGCCUGGGAUGAAACGCGACUGUGGUGGAGCUGCCGCCGUUUUGGGCGCCUUCAAAGCCACCGUGAAGCAAGGCUUCAAAGAUAAUCUUCAUGCUGUUUUUUGCUUGGCUGAGAAUUCCGUCGGACCAAAUGCAACAAGACCUGAUGAUAUCCAUAUUCUUUACUCGGGAAAAACUGUGGAAAUCAACAACACUGAUGCAGAGGGCCGGCUGGUGCUUGCAGAUGGAGUUGCGUAUGCUUGCAAAGACCUUGGUGCUGACAUCAUCCUUGAUAUGGCCACUCUCACUGGUGCUCAGGGAAUUGCCACAGGUAAAUACCAUGCAGCCGUCCUCACCAACAAUGAAGAGUGGGAAAGAGCAUGCGUUAAAGCAGGCAGGAACUGUGGAGAUCUGGUUCAUCCCCUUGUGUAUUGCCCUGAGCUCCAUUUUACUGAAUUUACCUCAGCUGUAGCUGACAUGAAGAACUCUGUGGCGGACCGCGAUAACAGCCCCAGCUCUUGUGCUGGACUCUUCAUUGCUUCACACAUUGGAUUUGACUGGCCUGGUGUCUGGGUCCACAUAGACAUUGCUGCUCCCGUCCAUGCGGGCGAACGAGCCACCGGCUAUGGGGUCGCUUUGUUGCUGUCCCUGUUUGGCCGUGCAUCCGAAGACCCUCUGCUGAACAUGGUCUCCCCUCUGGGCUGCAAUGGAGACUCCCUGGAGGAUGACAUGGAGAGGGAUUCCAAGAGGCGGCGCUUGGUUUAGUGCCCCCACGCCUUGGAGACAGCUCGCCGGAAGUACCUCACUUUGCACUGAUUACUUUCCAAAACCACAAGAGUCCCAUGUCUCAGAAAUGGCCAUGUUAAGAACAGCAGCAAGCAGUUGUCAUUUGCAUCCUUUUGGUUGUCCAUCUCAUUCGGGGGAAAUGUCCAUUUUGUUGUUUUUUAAAAGCCGGCUGCUUUAGGGUUUAUACCAGACUGUAUUGAGACUUUGCUGCCUCCAAGUCUUUAUGAAGAAGGGGAUACGGAAUGUUUCUCCCAAGUGUCCCUUUCAAAAUUUCUGAGCCUGUUAAUGCAAUAGCUUAACCUCUUGCUGCCCAUAGAGCCUUCAGAGCGACUUCCAUGGGUUUUAGUUCUCCCAGGGAUUUUUCAGGAAAAUGCUGAAAUACUUUUAUAGGAUUGCCACUCAGAUGCCAGAUGCAUAUUUUUGUAACAGAGAUGCUGCAGAUGAAUCGGCUGUUGCAGCUCCUGGCUGUUUCCUCUCUGAUCUCUCUUCCCCUCCUUACCACAACAGGGGAGGGAGGAGGGUGGGUGACAGGGCUGCAUAGGACAGAGGUGGGAGGAGCUGCAGGUGCCAGAUGAGGGAUUUAAAGGCAUGCACCUGGCCUUUAAAUGUGGCAAUUCUAGGAAGAAACCACUUAGGACUCUGCUUCAUUCAGCAGUGGCAUUUCAGCAUGGCAUUGAUUUGGGGGUGGGGGCUUCUUUUCUAAGAAGGCUUUUUUAAAAAAUUCCCUUUGAUGCUGUUCCCGCAUGUGUUAAAUCUUUUGCUCAUCAUUAAUAUCACCCACAGAGUAAGCCGGUGCAUUUCUCUUAACACUUCUGCUAAUUCUUAAGAUUCUUAACCCUUCUGCUAAUGAACUGUAUUCAUGUUUAGGAGGGGAAAGUGUUUAUGGGAGGUAACCAUGCUAGAAUAAAGCCCUCUGUCUGUUCUUUCAUCUCAGCACACUUGUGGGCUCAUUAAAUCAGCACAUAUCCAGCACAAUUUUUUUAAAAAAUAAUAAUUUCUUUUUUCAAAUGAAUAGUGCUAGACAAAUUCAUGAAGGGAAAAGGCUAGCUGCAGCUAUAAUCCCUGCCUGCUAGCUAGCUAUUACCAGAGGCAGAUAAUAGACCUCUCAUUGCAUGGGGAAUGGCUUUUCAGUGGGCAGCUGAUGAGUUGCUUUUUGAGACAGAGUGCUGGACUAUAGGAAUCCCUGAUCUGAUCUAAAUUAGUCAGGUUUUAAAUUCUUUUCAUGUCAAGUGCCCCAAGCACUGAAUCAUCCUGGAUGAUGCUCUGUCCUCUCCCCUAUUUACCAGCAUUUCUCUUUCUCCAUAGCCAGCUUGAGACACAUGGACAUGACUACCUGAUCAUUUUAGGGGACAAAAGAGGAAGUGCCCUAGGCUAUAGCACUAUAUGUACACAACAUGUUUUGUGAUGGUAUUCAUACUACAAAUGUUUUCACAACAGGCCACUCACCAAAAGUAAAGAACCUUGCCUAGGUUUCCCAGUGGUAAUACCUAACUGAGAUGGAAUAGAUGGUUUGCAGUCAAAUUUUUCAGGGACAAAUUAUUGGUGCAGCCAAUGAGUAAGGAUUGCAGCCCUCCAAACCAUUUAAAUUUAUACCAUAUCAUAAAGGUAUCCAGUCUUCUCUUGAGCUUUUUGCACAAAAUGUCCUGUGCAGUUAGACAGAAAUGCACACACACACACACACACACAAAUGCAUUCUUUGUUUUGUGUAUUUAGAUAGGAAAUUGUGCACGCAGUUUGUAGUACCACCUCACAGUAUACUGAAAAGCUCAUGCAUUAAACAUGUUUGUUCAUAACGUUA